GGCCUCGCCGUCAGCGCGCGUGCUCCGUGCGGGAUGCUGGAUUGUAGGUGAUGAUGGCGGAAGGGGAGCGACGCUGAGUUCCAUCCGAGUUUUUACCCCAGCUGUAAAAACCACCCACAACCACCGUUUCUCUCCGUCGAGACCUAUCCCGAAGCAAUGGGGAACGAGGCCAGCAUGGAGGGGGAGGGACAGGCGGGACAGCCCGGCGCCGCCGUCCCUGCAGCGGGGGCUCCGACUUCCAUUUCAGCACCACCGGACUCUGGACAGCUCAUCAAGCCCAGCAAUGGAGCGCCAGCCGGAGGAAGUGGGGCUGCGUCCGGGCCGGGGAUUAACAGACCACCUCUAUCAGACCCCGGGCCUAAAGCAGGAGCGCAGAGCACCCAUGGGCCAGGCGACAGGUUGGCCUUCCAUGAUGCCAGUCAGCAUGCUGCGCCUCAAGGAGGCCAGGGUCAGGGGCAUGCAGCCAGGAAGAAUCUGCAGGUUGACUUGGGGGGCGGCAGAACCGGAAGGUCCCCUUCUGUGUCCCCGGACCGUGGGAGCGUCCCCACCUCCCCUUAUUCUGUGCCUCAAAUUGCUCCGAUGCCCAGCAGCAAGCUGUGUCCUGUCUGUAAAACCACCGACCUGAUGGGCACUGGGGACGACAAGCCCAACUUCAACACCUGCACACUGUGCCGCUCCAUGGUGUGCAACCAGUGCGGCUUCAACCCCAACCCUCACCUCACAGAGGUACAAGAGUGGCUAUGUUUGAACUGUCAGAUGCAGAGAGCGCUGGGGAUGGAUAUGACCACACCACGUUCCAAGAGUCAGCAGCAGAUUCACUCUCCUUCUCAUCCAACCCAACCUGAGCCCAAACCUGAAGCUACCAAUCAGCCCGCGCCUCAGCCUCAGCCUCAGCCUCACCCUCAGCCUCAACCUCAGCCUCAACCUCAGCCUCAGCCUCAACCCACUCCUCAGAAACAGCCUACGGCUCAGCCACAUCCAGCGCCUGGCCCUACCAAACAGCCUGCCGCAGGUGGUCCGGGUCAUCAACAACCCAAACUGCCUCCAGGGGCGGUCCCUCUCCCUGGAAUGGCCAAGGCCCCAUCCCAGCCAGAUCUCUCUCGAGGCUCGCCUGCCCACCAUCCCCAGCAACCCCGCCAGGAUCAGACUCGCAGUGCUGGAAGCUCCCCAUCACGACAGCCCCCUCCCCCCGAGCAGACAUUUGGAAAGCUGUUUGGCUUCGGCGCUUCCCUUUUAAACCAGGCCAGCACUCUCAUAUCUGAGACCACUCAACCCCAGCAACAGCAGCAGCCCCCAAAACCGGCUCCCAAACCUGGGGGGCCUCCUGGUCCAGGACCCGGAGCAGGUAAAUCUCCGGGACCGCCUGCACAACAAGGGCCACAACCCCCACCACAGCAGCAACAACGGCAUGCUCCCCCUGAGUCUUCUAAACCCAGAGCCUCCUGUCCCCUCUGCAAGACUAACCUUAAUAUCGGCAACGCCUCUGAGGAACCCAACUACAACACCUGCACACAGUGCCACUCCCAGGUGUGCAACAUGUGUGGAUUCAAUCCCACUCCACACCUAGUUGAGAAGAAAGAAUGGCUCUGCUUAAACUGCCAAACACAGCGGGCUCUGUCAGGAAGUUUGGGAGAUAUUCCACCUCCUGCAGCCCCUUCCAUGGGAUCUCCUCGGGCACCUUCUCCAUUCAAACAGCAAACACCUCAGCAGAAAGCACCCAGUCAAGGUUCAGGGCCUAGGAUUACAGGUCCUCAACAACAGAAACCUACAGGUCCCCAAGUAAGUGGCCCUCCCUCUAAUGUGAAACAGGCUGGGCCUGCUCCUCAAUCAAAAGGGCUCAGCCAAACCUCCCCUCAAACCAAGGGUUCUGCUCAGCCACCCUCCCAAGCUAAGAGUCAAACACAGCCUUCCUCUCAAAGUAAAGGACCUGCUCAAAUUAAAGGUCCUGCCCAGUCACAUGCUCAAAAUAAGGCCCCUGCACAGCCUGCUAACCAAGUGAAGGGCCCAAGUCAGGCAAAAGGGCCGACUCAGACAAAAGGAUCUGUUCAGCCCUCUGCUCAGACUAAGGGCCCUUCUCAUCCUUCUGGUGCCAAGGCUGCACCUAGCUCUAAUAAAUCUGCUCCUAACCAUAACAAGGUUUCCACACCUGCAAAACCAGUUCCUACUCAGUCUAAACCCACAGGUAACAACCAGACCCGCAAACAACAGACCCCACAAAGCCAGGAGAAGAUGAAAGUUGCAUCUAAAUCUCUAAAAGAAGAUGCCAAAGUCUUACCCAAGAAGGCUUUGUCAGAGACUGUGACUUCCCCACACGAGAUCAAGAUAACUGAGGAAGAAAAGAAGUCAAGACACCACGAAGACUCCAAUAAAUCAAGUACGCAGAGCUUAAGUGACACUGGAUACUCUUCAGAUGGGAUCUCCAGCUCACAAGGGGAGAUUACAGGUCAGAUCCGGGAAGAGGGAAUCAAGCUUAAUGAAAGAGGUGCUUCCAUCCCUUCAGACAUCAACAAAUUAGAGAGCUCUAUGAAACCUCUGCUCGAAUCAAAGUCUGCCUCAGACCCAAAGCAUAGACCACAUUCACUUUCUGUGGGGCAAGAACGAGACUACAAUCCUGAUGAAGAAGCAGGAAGGGAUGAAUCAGAAGAUGACCUCAGUUGUAAACUUCGCCAUGAUUAUGUGGAAGACAGCAGUGAAAGUGGUCUCUCGCCAUUGCCAAUAAGACAAAAGAAGUCCCAUAAAGACUUAACAGAUGAAGAAUACAUGAGGAGGCAGAUUAUGGAGAUGAGUGCUGAUGAAGAAGAAUUAGAAGAAUAUGGAAACCAGAAAACCAAGAAGACUCAUAAAACCAGUGGAGAGUCGGGCAAAGAGAGAAGGCGACUCUCUCAUCAGUCAAAUAGUUUUGAAGAAGACAAAAAAGUAUCUGAGGGUGCUUACAAGGCAAAUGAAGAGGAAGAUGUUGUUAUGGCUGGAGGACUUCGGCGUUUUAAAACGAUUGAGUUGAAUAAUACCAACAGCUACAACCGAGACAUUGAGCUCAGUAAUGAACAUGACCUUCGAGAGCCAGAACUCGAAAUGGAAAGUCUGACUGGUUCACCAGAGGAGCGAUCUAAGGGCGAUUAUUCAUCCACCCUACCGGCCACGACUCCCAGCUACACUUCUGGAACAUCACCCACAUCGGUAUCAUCUAUGGAGGAUGACAGUGACAGCAGUCCUAGUAGAAGAGCACGACUUGAAGAGGCAAAGCAGCAAAGGAAAGCUCGACAUCGGUCUCAUGGGCCUCUCCUCCCUACAAUUGAAGACUCCUCUGAGGAGGAUGAGCUCAGAGAAGAAGAAGAACUACUAAGAGAACAGGAGCAGAUGAGAGAUCUGGAGCAACAGAGGAUUCGAAGUACUGCUCGGAAAACAAAAAGAGAUAAAGAAGAACUUCGGGCACAAAGGCGCAGAGAACGAUCCAAAACUCCCCCCAGUAAUCUUUCCCCUAUUGAGGAUGCAUCACCAACAGAGGAGCUGAGACAGGCUGCAGAGAUGGAGGAGCUUCAUAGAUCAUCAUGCUCUGAAUACUCACCUUCUAUGGACUCAGAAGCAGAAGGUUUUGAGAUGAUAGGUGGAAAGCUUUACAAAUCAGGAAAUGAAUUUAAUCUUCCAACCUACACAUCACUCUAUUCACCAACAGAAAAGACAUCAGCAAUGUUGCCAUCUGAUAAAACCUUAAAAAGUGCAGAAGAGGUAUAUGAAGAGAUGAUGAGGAAAGCACAACUCAUGCAGAAGCAGGGUCAAAAAGGUGCCUCUCAGCCAGACAGUGGCCAUCAUCUUGAUGCUGGAACCUCCCUAACCCCUGGCUCUAGCCCAACUCAAGUAACUGCACCCAUGUCCUUCUCCACAUCAGGCAGCAUGCACGCUGCACAGCAUUUAUCAAAAGAAACACAAAACAGAAUGAUGACACAGAGUGCCAAAAUUGAAGGAGUUGUUGGAGUUGCCACUACCAAAGCUCAAAUUAGUCAGGCAGCCUCAGCUCGGCAGGCAGGAAAUGCAGUGCCUGUUAGCAACAGAGCAGGCCCCCAGAGGUCAACACAAGCAACACCCGACCCUGGAUCAUCAUCUUUGACCUCCAAAGUCUUUUCAAUGUUCAAAGGACCUAGUCCUCCAGUCUCACCCACUACUUCUCCAACAAAAAGUCCAACACAUUCACCAUCUGUUCGACCCACAAGUGGUAGUGGCAGGCAGCUACCAUCUUUGCCUUCUGGAGCAACAACAGCUCCAGUAUCCCAUACUGGAGCACCUCAAAGGACAAUGUCACCUCGUCUUGUACGACAGCAGUCAUCCCAAGAUUCACCCGUGAUGGUCAUAACACUAGGCUCUGAAAAGUCAAGCCCUGCCAAGCCAAUUACUGUAAACUCAUCCACUUCCCCCUUGUCCUCACCAACACAGGGCAGUUGUAAAACCUUAUAUAGCUCACAGCCCCCUUCAACAAGUUCGCCAACAUCACCUCAAAUGCAUUCCUCUCAGCAGCUAAAACAUUCUUCACAAAUGGGGCACAAUAUUGAAAAAGUAAAUGUUGGUAUCAGUGCAGGAGCGACAAGUACACAAACUCGUGCUUCAAAGGUUGUGGGACAAAGUCAAACACAGCAAAGCACAAAUGUUGUAGAUCUGAGAGCUCCAAUGAGACCAGCUCCAAUUAUUAUGACAGAUCAAGGAAUGGAUCUCACAUCACUUGCUUCUGACACAAGAAGAUAUUCAUUAGGAGCAGAGCAGUCAUCGAGUAGACACACAGCAGUGCAGCCUCUUAUUAUGAACCUCAAUGCACAAGAGCAACCACAUGUUUCUGUUUCAACUCCAACAACAGUAAGUGUCACAGUUGCUGUGUCAACCUUCAUGUCUCAACCCAAACAACCUGUCAUAUAUGGAGACCCAUUGCAGAACCGUGUGGAUCUGGGUCAGGGUGUUGGAUCAGCUGUUUGUUUAACCCAAAGCAAAGUCCCAAUUACUGAUCCAACUAUACCCAAAAUUGAUGCCUGUCUGGAAAAUCUUGGCAUACAACAACAGCAACUGCAGUUACAACAGCAGAAGCUCCUGCAGCAGCAACAACUUCUUGAACAGCAGCUUCAGCAGCACCAGCAGCAGUCUUCUUUUGCUCGUUAUAAUUUAGCCAAUCAGGUACAGCCACUGCUGAUGAAAAAAGACCUUGUAGUGAGUCAGACAAGCACUGGUCAGCCUGUGGUGACUGCUAAUGCCAUUCCUAGAGUGUCUCCUCUCGCUCCUCCAUCAGCAUCUGUGGCCCUUACUUCUAAUGUACCCCUCGAAAUGUAUGGCGGAGUUGCCUUAGAGCUGAAAAAUAAGCCAACUGUUAUAAACUUGUCAACAGGAAAACCCCAUGUUAUGAUGGUACAACUUGAUGAGAAUAACACAUCCAAAAGUGGCACCGUGACUCAGCUGGUAAAAAGAGAAGAGCAUCCCCCUGCACCACCACCUCCUCCUCAGGUUUUGGAUCUAACUGGACAGCUUAAACAAGAAAACCAAGUGGCUUGUUGUGAUGUUGUUUACAAAUUGCCCUUUGCUGGUACCUGUUCAGGGACAUUCUCUCAGAAGCCUGCUACAGUGUCCUCAGAUAAAAGUCCCACCACCGAAAAGUCUCAAGCAGCCCACCCUCCUCAGCCACCCCAAUUUAGUGUUAGCCAGCAACAACAGCCACAACUGCAGCCUCAAAUUACACAAGGACUUCCUGACGAACACAAACUAUAUCCACCACCUAUAGCUUCUGCAGGGAGAUUACAGCCUUCUAUGUCUGAUACUAAUCUGCCUUCAAUGAGUGAUGCUGGGUCCUAUCAGAAUCCUCUCCAGGGUGGACUGGCUGUAGAUCUCAGUAGUAUGAAUCAAGGUUAUGAUGGUGGAUACCUUGGCAUGGGAGCACAGUAUGGAUCUUACACAGAUUUGCGUCAUCAGGGAGAUUUUACAGGCCCUUCAUUACCCCUUCGUCGGUAUGGCUCCAUGUCAAAUAUCAACUCUGAUUACACCAGUGCUUCACGUGAUAUUACAGGCUCACAGGAUUCCAAUCUGGCUCAGUAUAGUGCAACUACUGCUAGGGAGAUAAGUCGUAUGUGUGCAGCCCUUAACACUGUCGACCAGUUUGGAAGCCGUUUUGGAAAUAACCCUGAAUUGGCAGCAUAUGGUGCUGGAAGAGGUGGGCCUUUAGCCAGAUUAAAUCUUCAACAAAGCCUAGCAUCAAUAAGGGCAAAUUUGCUUUAUGGUCCAGAUAGUAGACAAGCUGUGAAUGGCCAAGCUCUAACAAAUUUAAUCAAUGCGAGGCAAGCAAGUAUACGAGCCUUAUACCCUACUGCUAUGAGAGGUGGUGAUGGCAUGAUAUAUUCCACCAUAAACACUCCCAUAGCUUCCACCUUACCAAUUACUACACAGCCUGCCCCAGUAAUUCGUCCCAUGCCCCGAGGAAUUUACAGACCCUACCCUGCAGGUGUAACUGCUGUACCUUUGGCUAGUCUUACCAGAUUGCCUCAGUUGACUCCCAGAAUGCCUCUUUCCACACAAGGAGCAUAUUCCUAUCCUUCUCCAAACCAGUAUCCUUUGUCUGUCACACCAACAGGAAGUGGUGUUGUAAUAAGCAGCUCUCACCAAGAAAUUCCAGUAUACCUUGGGAAGCCGUCAACAACAAUAUCUGGACCAACAGCUGCCACCAUUCCCCCGACACCACCUGCAGCGCACUCAGGAACACAAAGCGUACCUGGAGCUGGUAUACAAGCCACAGCAGAACAACAAAUCGACAGAUCUCAAUUUACUUCACAAAGUAUUGCAUCUCUCUCUCAAGUUCAAGGCCAACCUUCAUCUGCCCAACAAGUGCAGGCUCAAAUGCAACCGCAACAGUUACCUGCACAGACAGAACCUUUAUCUUUGACUCAAACCCAACCUCAAACACAACCCGCCAGUCAGCCUCAACCAGUAGUUCUCUCUCAGGGACAGACACAAGCUGAAAGUACCCAGGCAUCAAGUUCCAAACUGUCCCCUCCCAUUGAUGCACAAAAGAACAAGGAAGAUGAGAAACUCAAUCAGCAACAAGAACAACUUCUGCAGCUAGAGAGAGAACGGGUUGAAUUAGAAAAACUGAGGCAAUUGCGCCUUCAAGAGGAGCUAGAGAGAGAUCGUAUGGAGCUUCAGCGUCACAGAGAAAAAGAACAACUUCUUGUUCAACGUGAGAUCCAAGAACUGCAGACAAUAAAACAGCAAGUCCUACAACAACAGCAAGCCGAGAGGGAGACACAACUUAUAAUGCAAAGAGAGCAGCUGGCCCAGCAAAGAAUGCAGCUUGAGCAAAUUCAGACCCUGCAGCAGCAGCUUCAGCAGCAACUGGAGGAGCAGAAAAGGCAAAAAACAGCAGCAGUUGAAGCAGCAGCAGCGGCUGCAGCUGCUGAGGUGGCUGCUGCAUCAGCUGCAGCAGUGGCUGCAGCAACAUCAGCCCAGAGUGCCAUCCAAGGAGUAGUUGUUGGAGCAGGGGCCCCUCAAGGAUUUAUAAUCUGUGAUCAGACUGGUAGAGUCCUUCAGCAAGAUGGGCAAAGUGUGCAAUUUUGGCAGGAUGGACAAGUUGUCCAAGCAGUAGUGGCUGCUCGACCCAUUCAUAGCUCCACCUCUGAAAUGUCUUUGAGAAGCAGUGACAAGCAGGGUGAUUCCAAGACUAUGAAAAAGCAGAAUUCCAUGCCUCGGCUGAGGGAUGGUUCAGAGGAGGACUCUGUCAAAAGAAUUACAGACAGCUGUGUGCAAACAGAUGAUGAGGAUGGUGAAGAAAGGUACAUGAAUAGGCGUAGGAGAACAAGACGAAUUGCAGACUGCAGUGUACAGACUGAUGAGGAAGACCAGGGAGAAUGGGACCAACAACCAGUAAGGCGCAGACGGUCUCGUGUGUCCAAGCACUCUGAAUCUAGUGGUGAGGCAAAAUCUGAUGGCUCUUCCAAGGUAAUUUCAGCAAGUAUAGCUAUUCAGACCACUAAUGACUCAUCAUGUCAAACAGAGUCAGACCUACUUGGCAGAGUUUCACCUGCAAUCCACAUUACUAUGGCAGAGACCUCAAAAGUUGACCUACUGCAUUAUAUAGCAGCUCCAGAAAGAACUCACAAAGGUGAGAGUUUAGCAUGCCAGACAGAACCAGAAUCACAUUCUCAGGGAGUAGUAGCCCCUCAGCUGAGUGUCCCUACAACUAUUAGUCCAUACUCUACAAGUCUCCAUAUAGUAGGUGGAAAUACAUCUGACACAGCCUCUCCCAGACUCCAAGGAGUAGCUAAGUUUGAAAGGAGGAAACCAGAUCCUCUGGAAAUAGGCUAUCAUCAUCAACAUAAUGAGUCUUCAUCUCGCCAACCCCCAAAAUCUCCCCAAGUACUGUACUCCCCAGUUUCUCCAUUGUCUCCUCAUCGGAUGUUGGAGACAACUUUUGCCUCUCAGGAGAAGCUUAACAAGGCCCAUGUUACACCCCAGCAGAAAUCCUUCACUGCUGAAUCUCCACGCCAUCAGACGCUGCCAAGGCCCAUUAAAAGUGUACAACGCUCCAUGUCAGAUCCAAAACCUCUCAGCCCAACAUCAGAGGAUCCCACAAAGAAUCGGUUCUCCCCCUAUCAUCAAGUGCUGUCCAAUAGCCAGAUGGCCUCCCUGCAGCAGCAGCAGAACUCUCUGAUGAGGAAAGUAAAGAGGACUCUUCCCAGCCCCCCUCCAGAGGAAGCACCGCUCCCCAUUGUUACUCCAGCACAAAUGUACAGCUCCCCUGGCAUGCCUCAGAGGGUGCUUCCAAGACCAGCCCAAGGAGUCACCAAGGCGGGUCUGUUAAGCGAAUUAAAAGCAGUGGAGCAAGAGUCAUCAAAGCUACGUAAACAGCAGGCUGAGCUGGAGGAAGAAGAAAAAGAGAUUGAUGCCAAGCUGCGGUAUUUGGAACUGGGCAUCACUCAGCGUAAGGAGACCAUGGUGAAGGAUAGGGAGAGGAGAGAGUUAGCCUAUCUGCGAUGUAUGGGUGAUCCUCGAGACUACAUGUCAGACAGUGAGCUCAAUAACCUCAGGAUGGGUGCGGGAACUGGAACAUAUGAUGCUAAUGGUUUACUGACAAGACCGAGUACUGCACCACUGAGUCAGUUUACUAAUGACCUCAAUGCAACAUCCCAGUAUCCCUCAACCUCAUCUUAUAUGCCCUACCCAUACCCUCAAACUCAACCAUCUACACAUCAGCCUGGUUCUACUUACCAGCCAAUAGGUUUCCAAACUCCUCAAUACCCUUCAUCUUCUGCACCUCAGCCUGGAACAUUCCAGCCUCAUCCUCCAACAGUCCCUGGGUACCAGAACCAGGGAACUUAUUCCUCCCGCAUGUAUGGCCAGUCCUCCUAUCAAACUGACUUCACCAUGCAGCAGCAUGGUCACCAGGGCUUUCAUUCACCUGGUCAGCCUAUGCCAGGACAAAGCCUUCCUUAUCCUAGUCACAGUUCCUACCAGCCUGGCCUCGCCUACCAGCCGCAAGCAGAAAUUCUUACUGUCCAUCAAAGACCGCGGCAAACUUCUUUGGCUGAACUUGAACAAAAACUCCCUACAAAUUAUGAAGUCAUUAGCAACCCAGCAGUCUCAGUGGCCACUUCUGCUCCAGAUACCAACUUUGGACCAGCUUACAGUAAUGCAUAUGGACAAUACCGCCCCCCUGAGCCUGGGCUAACUCACUCUGUGGACAGUCCCACCUCUGCAUACACUUCAGAUGGUCUUUACACAUCCAACCUGGAGCAGAAUAUUCCAAGGAAUUAUGUGAUGAUUGAUGACAUCAGUGAGUUGACAAAAGACAACACUGGUCAGCCCACUGACGCUCUGGGUCAUCCUGUGGGAGGGCGGUAUCGCAGUGAGAAUGGCUCUGCACGAGCAACUGGAUAUGAGGAGCCUGUUGAUGCUUAUGGAAGACCUGCAGGACCAGCUGGUUACCAAAGCACAGUGGACAGUCGGACCAGCACCACAGUGAGUGGAGGCUCAUCUUACUACUAUGAUGAUUAUAAGCAUUCUUCUCGCUCUGGUGGCCACAAAAUUUCCUCCAAAAAUCUUGCUCCUGCUGUAGUCUCCUCUAAACGAAGUAAGCACAGAAAACAGGGAAUGGAGCAGAAGAUUUCUAAAUUCUCACCUAUUGAGGAAGCUAGGGAUGUGGAGUCAGACCUUGCUUCUUACACAAUGACAACAUCAACUGCAGGCACCUGUCCAGUAGGGUCAAGAUCAAAGAAGCUUCAAGAUGACGUCGCCUACGGCAUGAAGAAAAAUGCAUAUGAUCAACAGAAAUAUUAUGGCACGAGUCAUGAGGGUCUUGAAGAGGAUGACCGCAUGUACAGCUCCGGAAGGUCCAGAUCUACAGGAUACGGUAUGGAUAAGAUUUCUUCCAGAGACACCACAGGCCACCGCAGCAAAUCCUACGAGAGAGAUGCUAUGGAGCGAUCUCACCGAAGUAGCCGCAGUGGACGUCCUCCGAUGCGAACUCAGAAUUCAGAAGAGGAGAGCCCACUUAGUCCUGUAGGGAAGCCUGUAGGUAUGGGAAGAAGUUCUGCCAUGUCAGAGGCCCACGAUGUGAGAAACCAGUACGGUUCCAGCCAUUCGCUGCCGGAUGUGCAAGAUCACCACAAGAAGGACCUUCCCAGAAGUCACGUCUAUAAACCAGAUGAUCCUUACCUCGUAGACGACAUGCACUGUGCUGUUUCUGAUAGCGAAGCCUAUCAUUUGGGUCAAGAGGAGACUGAUUGGUUUGAGAAACCACGGGAGGCCCGCUCUGAUCGCUCAAGACAUCAUGGGAGUGGAGGUCACUCUUCCACAGGAAGACGUAGUAAACAUACUUACCAUGACUAUGAUGAGCCUCCAGAGGAAUACAGUCAACAGGAUGAGUACAACCAGCGUCACCCUUCCUCUUCGUCACGGGACCACCGCCAUCACGGCAGCAGCUCUGGCAGACACACUUCCUCUCGUCACUCCUCAGAGGACCCCAAGUCUUCACGCUCUUCCAGGACACACCCCAAAGACCCAUCUGGUCGCACUGAUAGCAGGACCUCCUCAUCCACACAAAGAAGGAGCGGUACAGACUCUCGGUCUGCCCACGGUAGCCCACGCAACUCAGGAGACUUCUCUCGUGAGCCGGUCCCUGGUCAUCACCAUGGCACUGGGGGUCGGAGUCAGAGAUCUCAAGGUGACCGCACAAUGGGCAGGAGACAAGACCCUUCUAAGCCACAGAACCAGCAGCCACCCCAGGGCCACGCAGGGCAGCAGCGAUCAGGAGGUCAGGGGCAGACUGGAAGACAUUCGGGUUCUGAACAACUUGAUGGUAGCCAGCAGGCUCAGCAGCAGCAGCAGCAUCAACAGCAGCAUCAACAACAGAGUGUGCAACAACAGCAGCAGCCGCCACAGCACAGUCAGACUCCACAGAGUAGCCAGCCAGUUACGAACACUGGAAGUGGACCAGCACAACAGCAGCAGCAGCAGCAGCAGCAGCAGCAGCAAGCCAAACCUGGGCAGGUUGCAUCACAGGGACGCCAACCAGGAGUGGGGUCUGCAGCAGGGCAGCCAGCAACAGUGGGAAAAAUGGAUGCCACCCCUACUGCUGCUAGUCCAGGAAUGAAACCUGCAUCAGGAAUCGCGGCACCACCUCAGCCUACCAAAAUAGCCACACCACCGCUAACUGGCAUCGGCUCCAAGGCAGCGCCUGUUGGAAUCAGUAGCAAGCCUGGAGGCAUAGGCAGCGCUGCAGCCGGUCAGCCCCCAGGUCCUGAAGGGGAAAAUGUUCUAACCAAGAUCCUGCAGGGAGGGGCAGCCGAGCAGGCAGGAAAACUGGGAGAUGCUCUGUCUGGCCUUGGGAAAAAGUUCACCUCAUUCUGGUGAAAUACCAGGAGGCGAAGAACACAAAUACAAUGAGAUGGACUGGUUUCUUUGUGCUGGAAAACCUACAACACCAUCUUAAAUAUAUUUUAAAUCCACCAUGAAAAAGAAGAAUGAUCCUUAAUGCAUCAGUCAAGCUGGAAUCAAAGGAUGCCUUGUCAGCACUGAAUUCCCCAGACACGGGCUCCCGAUUGAAGUGAAUUAAAUAAGGGGGAUCGCUUUGUCAGCAGACUGUUACAAGACAUGAGAGGAGGACUGAAGAGGCCUGAAAGUGAGUAAUAAGGAAGUGGUGAAGUUCUGGGAGAAAGCAGCACUUCUUUCUUCAUUUCUUUCAUCCUGCAGAGGAAUGCUCCAGCAUGGACUCUGUGAGAAAGCAGUACAAUCUUCACUAACAGAAGCAAGGGUAGGGGCAUAUUGGACAAACCGUCCAUGCAUGUCACCUCUGAUUCAGCUCAGCAAAAAGGAGCCUCACAGCGCCCUCUGCAGAGUUUUAAUUGUAACACCACUCGCCUCUGAGGAAUGUAGGUUGCACAAGGACUCUAGAUUCCACAUUGAUGCUUUGGGAGCAUUCUAAAAAAAAAAGAAAAAAAGAAAAGGUUGUAUUGCGUAGGUUUUCCUCGUCUCAAAGGAACCAGUCUUACCCGACAAUGACAACAUGUACCCGGAAACGACAAAGCUUUUGACAGCAACAACAAACCGGCUUGGAGAUUCCUUCGAAACCCUGGAAAUGCUUCUCCACAGUCCAUUCCAGUAUAGGGAGCUUGACCCGUUCUCUGAAUGUGUUUUUAAUUUAUCGUCUCUUCGUUACUGUGUCUACAGAAUGCAUUGUGUAAAUGUGGACACAGGAAUGCACGCACAAAUGGAAAAAAAAAAAAAAAAA